UUCCAUAUGCUUCUUCUAAUUUCUUCUUCUUUUGUCCUCACCCCUCUGAUAAACAAUUUCUCCUCUUUGUGCUCUCCUUCAUUACUUCUGCCAUGGAGAAAUCAUCAUGGAAUCCGCUGCUGCUUCCGUCCAUAUCUCACUUGCUCUCACUCUGGCUCAUUCUCUCAUCAGCACGUGAGGAGGUGAUCGUGGCUGGGAAGUCAUUGCAUCAUCACCGCCACCAGGGCCACACUCACAGCCACAGCGUGGCCGCGGUCCGACCGUUGACGUUCUCGAAGCUAUUUGUCUUCGGGGACUCCUAUGCCGACACCGGGAACACCGGGAAGCAGGGUAGCGCUUGGAAGGUCCCUUAUGGGAUGACCUUCCCUGGGAAGCCGUCUGGCCGCUACUCCGACGGCCUUGUCUUGACUGAUUUCCUCGCAAAGUAUCUCGGGCUGAAAUCUCCGGUGGCAUACCGGUGGAGGAACGUCGUGCCACCCCAAUCCUUGAAGUACGGGGUCAACUUUGCUACUGGAGGGACUGGCGUAUUCGACACCCUCACAGCGGGACCGAACAUGAGCAGGCAGACGGAUUUCUUUCAGAAGCUGCUGAGCACAUAUCGCUCGGAGGAGCUGCAGUCAUCCGUGGCCCUUGUUGUCCUCUCUGGCAAUGAUUACGCGGCUUACUUGGUUAGGAACGGCUCUAUCGAGGUAUUGCCGACAUUUAUAAGCCUUGUGGUGAACCAACUCACUGCAAACGUAAAGCGGAUACACGAGCUCGGAGUAAGGAGGAUAGUGGUGUCGGCCUUGGCACCACUGGGAUGUCUUCCGGCCAUCACUAUCAAUUCCUCGUACCGGCAAUGCAACGGAACCUUCAAUGCCUUCGUGACUUUCCACAACCAGCUGUUACAGCGAGCCAUGGCCAAGCUGAAUCGCCAAGGAGUGAACGACAAGCCCCCGGCUACCUCCAGUUUCAUCCUCUUUGAUCUUUACCGCUCCUUCUCCUCGGUGCUCAAUCCCAAAGGAAAUUCGACAUUUCAGAACCCGCUAAAGCCAUGUUGCGUCGGCACAGGUACAGGGUACAGCUGCGGGAGCCUAGAUAGUAAAACAGGGGAGAAGAAGUACAGUGUCUGCUCAAAUCCUGAGCGUGCCUUCUUCUGGGACAUGGUCCAUCCUACACAAGAGGGAUGGAGGGCUGUAUUCUCCCAAUUGAUGAACACACUUCAACAACUCUUUAAGGACAUAUGAAUCAUUAAUCAGCUAGCAUCAAUUCAUGUUUGCUCGGAUUAAUGUAAUAACAACAACUUACUCCUCUUUGCUUCUA